GUGUACACCAUGACUACGCCGACAAACCUCAUACAAAAUACGUUUGUUCGAGUUCUUUAAUUCGUUAGUAUUAAUCAUUGUUAACUUACUCUUUGCCUCCGGUGGUCAGGUCAUACGUUUCUUUUAUUUCUAAAGAAAUAUUUGUUUUGUAUGCUUCAGUUCGCGGUUUGCUUUUAGUUGGGCAUUUUAACAGCUGACUUUAGUUUAAUGCGCAAGAGUCUUUGUGAAUAACGUGAUUUGUGUAAAGAUGGUGAAAGUUUUAAAUCAUAGUGACAUGUUUAGAUACUUUAAGAUAUUAUUGUUUGCAAUAAUAGUGCUCAGUGUAACAGAAUCAGUGAAGGCAAGAAAAGUUUCGGGCGGUAGACACAGUUAUCCAAAAUCGGGUGGCCUUUCUGGUGGCGGCGGCGGCCAUCACUAUCCAAGUUCUGGUGGACUUUCUGGAAACAGUCACGGAUAUCCUUCAUCCGGGGGUAGUCAUGGGUAUCCGUCUUCUGGCGGAAAUCCCGGAUAUCCCUCGGGUGGAAGUCAUGGCUAUCCUUCCUCUGGAGGUAGCCAUGGGUACCCAUCGUCUGGAAAUACGGGAAGUCACGGGUAUCCCGCAUCAGGUGGAUUGUCAGGAUCUGGAAACCACGGUUAUCCGGCAAAUAAAGGGCCAUCAGGAUCUAAUGUUGGCCAUACUACCAACGUACACUACCACUACAAUUAUAAUCCACCGCAAAGAAUUUCUUACGCCCCAGCACAUGGUGGCCCUCCAGUGAGCUAUCCUGUGUACCGUGGCGCUCCGCCCACAUACGUAUACCAAUAUAAAGAUUCUGGUAGCAAAUACGGUACGUUGCUGGCCGGUUUGGCACUUCUCAACCUUGGAACUCUUGCCGGCGGACUCUAUGCAAACAGACAUUCAAAUUACAAACCACAGCCUGGAGAAAUUUGUAAAUUCGGAAUUAGAAAAGACAACGGGGAUUACGAAGAGACAAAAAUCGACUGUAAACUAAUAACAAGCUUUAUAUUCGAGGAAGAAAGUAAGAAACAGAACGGUGUACAGAAUUCUACGGUCACUACUACAACCGUGACUAAUACAACUGUUGUAAACACUACAAAUUUGGCAGAAGCUCCCCCACAACCGCCCGUAGAACAUUCUUUCCCACUUUACACGAUGUUACCCAACGGUACAUUGGUGCCAGUCAAUGCAACGAUGUUUAAUGUAACAUCGGUGAAUAAUGUGACUAAUGCAAAUGACAGUGCGCCCGCGGGCAAUGGAAACGUAUCCUCUGUGACAUCAGUGACGACGACGACAACAAACACAACGGUAACGAAUGCGCUGGACGUAAAGGGAAAGCCGGUCGACGUCACGCCUCACAUGAAAUGCUAUGUCAUACGGAAUUCCCCAUCGUCGAACAUGCGUCGCAGUGUCCCUUGCGGCCUGUUGCAAACAUACGCCGACCAAUCAAUAAAGAAGAACUCUGCAUCAAAUCAUCUUCCGUCCAUGACGAUUCUAAGUGUGGUUUUUGCUGCUAUUAUCUUGUACUAAUUAUUUACUAUCCUAGAUAUUAAGUGUCUUUUUGUUUAAAUGUUUAAAUCUUAAAGCCUUUGUAAUCUUUGCACGUAAAGUUAAUUACUAUUUCUUGAUUAUUUGUCAAGUUAGACAUUCUCACGAACAAUCCGUCCUCCGUAACACUUCCUCGACGUCUUCCCUCCACAUUUACCUGUCAUUUUGCCUUCAAUCGAUCUUAAGAUUUAAAUCAAAGUUUAAUAUAAAAUACAAUUUUGUAUUCAUAAAUAUAAAGUAAAAUAACCAAGCUUUAGAUCUGAGACCAUUUUGCAAAGUGUUAUUGUAUGUGAUAUUUAUAUAAAGAGUAUUUUUUUAUUAUUAAACUUUGUUUCUGA